AUAUUUUGCUGCAACUGAAGGGGUAAUUUUCACUGGUAAGCAUAAAAAAUACACAAUUUAAAUUUGUUGAAGACACUGCAGUUGCUUAGACGUGUAAAAUCCUUUACCUGAAAACACUUUAACAGCUUUUCCUAUUGCAAAUGUGGACAUAGAACUGUUUUCCGAACUGGCCUAAUUCAAAAAAUUCUAGAAGAACAUGGGAUGUAUCUGUCCGAAGCAAGAGAAAAAGACAGAAGGAGAAGAUGAUUACAUUGAGUUUGGUAAGUAUAUUGGAGAAAGAAAUUGCCUAGGGCAAAGGCAUGGAAGAGGGCAGUAUUAUUAUGACACUGGAGAUACCUAUGAUGGAAUGUGGAAAAGGAACAAAAAACAUGGUUAUGGAAAAUAUACCUUUAGCAACGGAGAAGUAACUGAAGGCAUCUUUGAAAACGAUAAGUAUGUUGGAGAGCUGGCACCACCUGAAGUAUCUUACGAUGACAAUGAGCCAUUAGCUCAAAGUGAAGUGUCAAGACCAAUGGAGGAGCCCAUGGUCAGGCCCUCUAGCAGAGGUGAUGCUGAAGUUCGAAGACAAAGCAGACAAAAGAAAUUAGAUGAAAUGAAGAAAAAAUAUGGAGUUAGAAAAACAUAGAAUGCAGAUUGUUCGUGUGAAGGAUAGUUUUAUGACGUGCAUUCGCCCUCCAAACAACAAAAGCCCCAUAGUGCAUCCCUGUCGUAGUCUCUAGUGGUACCACACCAUAGAUGCCUCUUUCUAACUGAUGUGCAGUCAUGGUACAUCCUUCCAUCGUAUUUGAAGGGGAAGUGACAACAGGAAUUUUCAGAAUUUCCCCCAAAUGUUUCGACGUUGCAUGUUGACUUCUUGCCGGGAACUUCAGUUGCAGGCUUUACUUCUUUCAAUCCACUUUCUUCAUUUGGUACUUUUUCGUUUUCUUUAUGUUCCAUUUUGUCAUGUAAUAUUAUCCCUUUAGGAUCAAAGCAAUUUGAUUAUACAAUGAUAUUUUGCUACCUUCCAUUUUUAUCGGAGUUGAAACUUUUUAUUGCAGUUUUCUUACUUUUUUUCUUAUAUUUCCUUUUCAUAUGAAACUCCGUACGAUAUUCAUUGGCAUAUAUUUCAUAUUAUAUGCAAAAGAGAAUGGAUUAUGUUUGUUGUCAUAGAGCUUGCCUGUAAUUUGAGAUACGAUAUAGGAUUUCAUUACUCUUGUGGGAAGUUUUUAACGCAAUACUUACGUACACAAAAGCUUUGAAAUUGAAGAUGGCAGGUAUUUUUAAAGGGCAUAUGUAAAUCAAAAGCACAGGAAGAAAGAAACAAACAGAACAUUUUAUGUUUGCUGAUAUUCUGUCCAAAACUAUAAUCUUGCUACGAUUGUUGGUACACUUACGCAGAGGCAAUGUAUUUUGAAAAAUUCCAACGCCUCUAUUUCUUGUUUAGUUUACCAUGUUGUUUAAUUUGCAGUUUUGGUCACAUGCCUUCACUGAUUGGAAGGAGUUAGGGGGGGGGGGUGUGAACCGACUAUAGUAUCCAAAACUUGUUUAUAGCCAUGCAGUGUAUUAUAUUUUCAUCCCCUUCCAAGUCAACAAUAUUCUCUACUGUUCCUACUUAGAAAAGCCAAAUUUUGGCAUACUUUACCUUCUGGUUUUGCCGGUGAAGAAAUUUCGACUUCAACGAAUUCUCCAUCACAAUCUCCGGGCAUUAAAGUGAAUGAGUCCUUCCCGUCCAGCAAAAGAUUCGAAUCCUUCUUAGAAUCUUUUGCUGAAUAAACAACGGGCUCCAUCCGGACGAUAUUCUGUACUUUUUGAAACACUGUGUUCAGUUUGUACAUCUUUCCUUCAAUCACAAAUUGCUUCUUUUCCUGACUUCUGACACUCCUCGUAAUGGUCACUGGCUUUCCGUAAUUGUUAAUAAACUUUAUCAGGUUGCAACGUUCUGGAAUAGGAAGAUAGUGGAAAUCGCUUUGAAAAAUGAUGGCUUUUCUAACCAACCAUAUGUAUGUUUUGUAAUAGAUUUUGUGGGUGAUUUGAAAGUGCGUGUUUAGAAAGAAAGGCAAGGGAAGAUAUGAAGCAUGCAAGUUGAAGGUGUAAAGAGAAAGACAUAACUUAAAAUCAGACAAAACUUUCCACUGUACAUUUCGAAAGCCAUGUAACGAAACGAUUUGCUUUAACGAUGCAGGCGAUGGUUUGGUAAAACGCUGACUUACUCAUUCAUCGAUUGAUUUUUUCCUAGUGAAAGGUCGCACUCUCUAUGGUAACGAAUUUCUGUCAAGCCAAUCUAUUUCCAAUUUUUACCCCCACCCUCAUCCUUAUUAGAAACGACUGUCUGAGUACAUGUAGAACAAACAUCAAAAUAAGAUGCCAAACUUACCACCGUUAUUGAAUUUCUCUUUCUCAGCUUCUCCAGAUUUCUCCAACUUUGGGUGCUUUUCAAAGCUCCCUUCUUUCAUUUCCUUUGAAGGCUUAUUUCCCUGUGAGACAGCUGCCUCGUUAGGAGAGGCUGUUACUGCAUUUGGCUUUGCAGUUGUAGAAGCGGUAGUAUCAGUGAUUGGUCUCGUUGUGGGUGUCAGUGCAUUCGCCGAUUUCUGAUCUGAAAAACAUUGCUCCAGCGUUAUGGAAGACAAAUUCUAUAAAAGGGAAUUUGGUAUCAUCCUACUUAUCAUUAAUCAAAAAUCAAAAUGAUUCAUCACUCCGCCAAUCGUCAACACACAAUCACCAUUCCUCAAACAGCAGCUAUGAUGAUGAUGAUGAUGAUUAAUUAUCAUCUCAUCAUGAUCAUUAUCAUCACCGACCAUUAUCAAUUGUCAUAAGUCAUUAUCAUCAUCAGCAUUAAAUACUUCACUUGCUUUAAACAUCGAAAUAUCGAAAAAUGCACCCACCGACUUUUUCGCAAAUCCCAAAAUGCUUUUCGUCACAUUCCACUGAAAACCAUGUACCGUCCUGUCCUGCUGCACCACAAUCUUGCAAAGCAUUGUUAUUUGCUGGUUGUCUUGGCGACCAGUUCAUGAAGUUCAUUACAAGUAGCUUGGUUUUGUGCCAUAUCCAUUGGUUUGAGCCUUCUACAUUAAGACCUAACAAAAGCGCAGACGUAUGUUUAGAAGGGUAGGAAUAACGUGCUGGAACUUAAUAGCUUGUUGAGAAUGCUGUAAUGUUUCGAAUUUCUCUACAUUUCAUAUAAAGAGGGCGAUUUAUUAGAGAUUGAUAUGAAGGCAGCUUAUUACAUUGAAAAUGUUUCCUGGGCCGUCGCUAGCUAUUGUGCUUGCUUUAGGGGGAUUUUAAGAUCCCAUUUGCUAAUGAAUUGGGUGAGCCAUCCUUUUUUACGACAAGCUUGAAAAUUUGCCGACUAAGCACCUAAAGAUGGCAAAAAGUCCUCAUUUUGCAAUAGAAUGUUUUAACAGGUGUGUAAGAAGAAAGAACCGCAUGAUAAGUUGGGUGUCCGCCGGAUUCUGUGUAUCGCGCCCCUCCUUUAGCGACGGUCCUGCAUGCUUUGUCUGUUAUACCCUUCUAGGCUCCAUAGUCAUGGAAAUCUAGCAAUCUUUUCCAAUAUAAGCUGUCGUGAUCCUCCCCUACCCUUACUCCCAACUAUUCCUCCCCACCACUACAACCUUGUUGUGUGUUACCCAAUUCCUCUUUUCUCUUUCCUGUCCUGUUCUCACCAAUACCCUUUUGUCGCUUGUUCUCGUUGUUCAAGUCACCAACUGGAAGGUACCCUGUUGGGUAACGCUUUCAUGAUUUUUAUUCAUAAUGAUGUGACCUACUUUUCCCAUUUAGUAACGUGACAUUUACAUCGCUUUUAACACUCCCCCAACACAAGAAUACCAUGGAUAAAAGGAGGCAUAACAAAGACCAACAAACUUACCUAUCCAGAAAAACUGUUCAUUUGGGGAGUUUGAUUUCUUGAUAAAGCCAUUCAAUGACACUUGAUCAACCACGUUUGUCACUGUUGCUAGAUAGCCCCCUGCACUUUCACAGAUAUCACUGUUUU